UUUUCCGGUUUGUCUCGCCAGAAAAUAACAACUUUAAAAGGCUUUAAAAGCACGAAAGUUGAUCUAAUAUUGAGUUGAUCUCGUACCGCCACUUUCACCGUAACUCCUGUUAAUCUGUUUCAUCUUCCUUCCGUUCUCUUUCCGCUCACACACACUAACAGACUUUGUAAAGAGUGAAGCUCCUGCAGAUGUCCUGCACGCUGGUGUCCCCCUCGGGGGUCCGGGUCUCUCUGGAGGACGGCCGAGCUGUGAUUCUGGGCCGGGGGCCCGAGACCUGUGUGGCCGAUAAGAAAUGCUCCAGACACCAGGUUAAGGUUGUAGCUUGUUUUGCCGACCAGGAUGUGGUUGUUACUCAGCUGGGUCCUAACCCCUCCUCCCUGGACGGUGAGGCGCUCAGCCGGGGCCAGUCCAGGAAACUCGCCCACGGUGGCACUCUGUACCUGGUGAACCAGAGCCACCCUUUUAAACUGAGCUUCUCCCUGAGCUCCAGCAGAGCCGCUGCCAGUCCUACACAGAGAGGGCUGAAAGCCACAGACAAAACAAAGGGAGGGAGGAACGGGGAAGCGAAAGGCGCACACUCCAGCCCGACACCCAAACGCAGCAUAAAGGAUUUCUUUUCUACUUCUCCAAUGAAGCCCAAACGACGCCUGAACCCGAAGGAGGAGCAAAGUGUGGCAAAGCGCCAAAAAAGAGACGAGGAAGAGGAAGAUGAGGAGGAGAAAGCGAACGAGGAGAAGCUGAAGCAGCUGCAGGAGUUUGCUGAGAAGUCGAUGGCAGAGGAGAGGAACAGCAGCCAGUCUCCCUCUGCUUCCUCGUCGGGUGGGAAGGCGUGUCCUCAGAGCAGCUGGCAGCACAUCGGGAACCUGCUGCUUUACACUGCUGCAGGGGUCAAAGGGAGCGACAAGAUUGCCGGGUUCGACAUUGACGGCUGUAUCAUCACCACCAAGUCUGGCAAAGUGUUUCCAACAGCCCCGGAUGACUGGAGGAUCCUUUACCCUGAGAUUCAGCCCCGGCUGGCCAGCUUGCUCAAGAAAGGUUACAAGGUGGUGUUUUUCACCAACCAGAUGGGGAUCGCUAAAGGCAAACUGAGACCGGAGGUGUUCAAGUCCAAGGUGGAGGACAUCCUGUCCACCCUGCAGCUCCCCGUUCAGGUGUUUGUGGCGACCGGUCCCGGUAUUUACAGAAAACCUGUGAUGGGAAUGUGGAAUUACCUGUGUGAGAAGGCCAAUGAUGGCGUGACUGUUGACAAAACCCAGAGUUUGUAUGUGGGAGACGCUGCAGGCAGACCAGAGAACUGGGCUCCUGGGAAGAAAAAGAAGGAUUUCUCCUGCAGCGACCGGCUGUUUGCUCUGAAUAUCGGACUGCAGUUCCACACCCCAGAGGAGUAUUUCUUGGGCUGGAAGAGCGCCCCCUACAGGCUGCCAGAGUUUGAUCCUAAAAAGCUGGACUCAAACGCCAGACUGUACGACCCGCCGUCCGCCUCUCUCACCUCCGACAAGACGGAAGUCAUUGUCGCCGUGGGUUUCCCAGCAGCGGGUAAAUCCUCCUUCUUCCACACCCACAUCGUUCCAAAAGGCUACGUCUACGUCAACCGGGACACACUGGGUUCAUGGCAGAAGUGCGUGUCGGCGUGUGAGAGCGCUCUGAAGGAGGGCCGCAGCGUCGCCGUGGAUAACACCAACCCAGACAAAGAGUCUCGCAAACGAUACGUGGAUGUGGCCAAAGCCGCGGGUGUGUCGUGUCGCUGCUUCCAGUUCUCAGCCUCCUUGGAGCAGGCCAAACACAACAACAGAUUUCGUGAGAUGGCUCUGUCAGACACCAAACACGCCAAAGUCAACGACAUGGUUUUCCACAGCUACAAGAAACACUUCGAGGCGCCGGCUCUCUCUGAAGGCUUCUCCGAGAUCCUCCAGAUCCACUUUGUUCCAAACUUCAAGGACAGCGCAUCAGAAACUCUGUUCAGACAGUUCUCUGAGGGCUGACCGGAUGAACCGGCUUUAGUGGAAGCCAACACCUUGUUUUAUUGAUCUGUCUGUUAUUGAACUGUAAGAACAAAAUGAGACUAGAGACGCAUUUUCAGUACAGUGGUCAAAACAGUUAACGUUUUCUCAUGAAUGUCCAAGUUGUAUUUUGAUUCAGCGUGUUUGUUGAGUUUAGAGAAUACCCCGUGUUUUUUUGUUUUUUUUAAUUCACAAUAAAGCUACUGAAACACGA